AGAGAUAAGAAUCGGAAUAAUGGCUUGUCUACGAAAUGUUAUAAUUAUCAGUCUAUCAGGUUUGGCGUUCUCGUGUUGUCCUGAUGGUUGGAGAAAGGGCAAGAACUCGUGUUAUUUCAUUAGCCCUGGAAAUGCUACAUGGUCACAAGCAUCGAACAUUUGUCGAGCUUUUAAUGGUGAACUGGCUGUAAUUAACGAUGCAGCAGAAAAUGCUCUUCUGGGAAGAAUCAUCACUAAUAUAAAAGGAGCUUUCAAGAAAGACUUUUGGAUAGACGGAUCGGAUGCUGUGACAGAAGGGAUAUGGUACUGGGCUUCAACCAUGGAAAACUUUGGAUACACAAACUGGGGGAUCGGCGAGCCUAACAACCAAGGAGAAGUGGAGGAUUGUGUGGAAUUUUACUUAUUAGAUUUCGUGUGGAACGAUGAUCACUGCAACACUCUUAAUCACUUUAUCUGUGAAAAAGAAUUGUCCUCUAGUUUGGCAGGAGAACUUAUUGGAUGAUACGUGAAUUUUGUAAAAAUAAUCCUAAUAAACACCAAUAAUUGCGUUCUC